GGAAAAGAAACAGUAACAAGUAUUUUUGAAUUAUAUAAAAAAUUACUUGAUAUCGCAGCAUAUCUUCAACUUAAAAUUCUUGGAUUUGGUGCUGAUAGUGCUUCAGCAGAGUUCAACACACAAAAUCAACUUAUGAAGAUGGAAACAUCAGAAAGACUAAUUUUCAAAGAUAGACUUUACGGUAUAUUAAAUAUUAAAUAG